AUUCAUAUACAUAUACAUAUAUAUUUUUAGUUAUAACAUGGAGCCACAAAUUGAAGAAAUUGAGGAUGAUGGAAAGAUCGUUUAUGAUUGGAAUCCUCCUACAGGACAACAACAAAAAUUUUAUUAUAAAGGAUAUCCUAUUGAUAGAGAACAUGUUACUAAGAUGUUUGAAAACUCAAAAAUAAGAGAAUGUCGUGGUCAUAAAGAAAAAGUACACACAGUAGCAUGGAAUAGUGAUGGUAGAAAAUUAGCUUCAGGUUCUGUAGAUAAAACGGCACGCGUUUGGUCUCCACAUCGAGGGACAGAUAUUAGAUAUUCUAUAGAAUUAAAAGGCCAUACAGAUAGUGUAGAUCAAUUAGAUUGGGAUCCAACUCAUCCAGAUAGAUUAGCAACAGCUUCAUGUGAUAAGACAGUACGAUUAUGGGAUCAACGAACUGGUAAAUGUACAGCAGUAAUACAGACAGAUGGAGAAAAUAUCAACAUUUGUUGGAGUCCAAAUGGAAACAAUAUCGCAGUAGGAGAUAAGAAUGACACAAUCAGCAUAAUUGAUACUCGUACAAAUAAAAUCAUUGAUAAACGUAAACAUCCUGUAGAAGUGAAUGAAAUUGCUUGGAAUAAUGCCAAUAAUCAAUUUUACGUCACAACUGGACAAGGCACGAUUAGAGUCUAUGAUUAUCCUUCUUUUGAACUUCAGACUAAUUUACGUGGACAUACAGCGAAUUGUUAUUGCGUGGAAGUAGAUCCAACAAGCAAAUAUCUUGCUGUAGGUUCAGCUGAUGCCUUGAUCUCAUUAUGGGACACAAAUACCUUUCAAUGUGUUAAAGCAUUUCAAGAACUCACUUGGCCCGUUAGAACUCUUGGGUUUAGUUUUGAUGGUCAAUACAUUGCAUCUGCCUCUGAAGACCAUUUUAUUGAUGUGUCACAUGUGGAUAGCGGGGAAUCAGUUCAUCAUAUAGAAUGUACUGCAGCAAUGAAUACAGUUGCUUGGUCACCUCGUGAUUAUUAUCUAGCGUAUGCAGGAGAUGAGCUUAACUCAGAUGGUAAAUAUGCAGGCAAUUUGAAGAUUUUUAGUAUGAAGGAUCCUCGAGAUCAAAAAUAAAUAGAUAAAAUACUAUAAUGCAAUUUUUUUUGGAGCCCUGAUAUAUAAAUACAUAAUAAGGCUUUAUUUCAUUAUGUUUAUGGGAUGGAAAGCAAGAAAUUUAGACAGAAAUAGUGUAUGUAUUUGUAUUCAUGAAAGAGAAGCGGGAUUGAUUUCAAUUGUGUACAAUUUAAUAAGUG